CCCGGUUCUGUCACCUCGUGUCACCCACUUAGCUAGCUAGCUAGUCUGUCAGGUCAGGGACUGCCUAGCUUUGUUUGUAAUUUGUAUUGCAUCAAAUUAUGUGAAAAGAUAGAACUUAACCUUAAUAUUUUUGUAAUCAUAACUAUUGGAUAAUUUGUACUAUUAUGGAGACAUACGAGAGUGUUCUUCUUGUUAAGAAUGAAGUGUUUGUAUUUAAAAUACCUCCCAAAACAUCGAAUAGAGGAUACAGGGCAGCAGACUGGAACUUACAAGAGCCUCAAUGGACGGGUCGCAUGAGACUUGUUGCCAAAGGAGAGGAGUUAAUAAUGAAACUGGAGGACAAGACUUCUGGGGAGCUUUUUGCCAAAUGCCCCAUUGAUAAAUACCCUGGAGUAGCACUCGAGUCGGUGACAGAUAGUUCACGUUAUUUUGUGGUCAGGAUUCAAGAUGAUAAUGGGAGGAGUGCUUAUAUUGGCUUAGGAUUUGGGGACCGAUCCGAUUCUUUUGAUCUCAAUGUGGCUUUGCAAGAUCAUUUCAAGUGGCUGAGAAAAGAACAGGAAAAUGAACACACUCCACAACAACAGUUAGAUCUUGGAUUUAAGGAGGGGGAAACCAUAAAAAUCAACAUGAAAAUAACAAAAAAAGAUGGUAAUGAAGGUGGUAAACCACGUCGCGGCGUAGGAGCCGGCGCUGGCGGAGGAGGCCUGCUGCCGCCGCCACCGGGAGGCUCCCGACUGCCGCCCCCGCCGUCUCCGCAGCACGCACCGUCUCCCUCCACUGCGGUUGCACCAGGAGCAGCCAGCUCGGAGUGGGGAGAUUACAAUUCUGCCAACGCUCCAAGCCAGCCGCCUAUAACCCCAGCCAGCCAGCAAAAUUGGGUCCAGUUCUGAAUUUUAAGAUAAAACGUGAUUUGGUAUCUGUUAAGGUUCACACAGCAUGCAGGCGACAUCGCACGAUAUCUAUUGCAUUAAUUUGUAUACAAACCAACAUUAAACGCUUCAGUGAAUGGUAUACUAUUUGCGCUUUAUUUGGAUAAUCUAUAUCCGCUUUUAUUUCCAUUAAACAUAUAUUUCAUGAAUAAAAAAAAUACAACGAAAAUUUUGGAAACAAUCAAUACGAUAAAUUCCUUUCCGUCAGUUGGUUAUAUGCUUAAGAUUUUAUGUACAUAUAAUAUAUUCGGGGUGCUUUAGAAGUCAUUUAGAAAAAUAAGACUGCAAAAAAGUAUUUGUCAAGGUACGAAUACGUCAUCUGUCGACAAAAAAAAAUAUUGCGAAUGUAUAAGAGGAAAUAACUACUAAGUUAUUUAUGGAAAUAAAUAAUAGCUAAUGCCUUUGCAGUAAAACACGCGAUGUCGCUUGCAUGCUUCAUUAUUUCUAUAUGGCAGCAGUGUGGAGUCUAGCACAAUACUUACAUAAUGUAUACUUAAAGAUUUAGGUCAUUUAGGAGCAUAUCAUUGCUUGCGUAUUCAUAAGUUGUUCUCAAGUUCAUUAGUAUGUAGCAUAAUAAUUGAGAUAUAUUUAUGGGUACCAAAUCACAACUUAAAUAAGAAUUUAUUCAUGCAAUAAUAUAUAUUGUGAAUGUAGUUGUGGCUACCACAACAUUACCACCACCAUUACCAUACCGAACCGUUACCUUCACCAUAUAACCAAAACCAAGGAGCCGUGCGGUUCCCCAGGCGCGACACCUAACCCGCUCCCGCUACAGUGGUACACUAUCCCACUGUAGCGGGAGCUAGGUGAUUAUGCUCGACCGCCACAAAGGGAAAAUCUUCCCGCCAGGCUAGGUGUUGCGCCUGGGGAACCGCACGGCUCCUUGGUUUUGGUUAUAUGGUGAAGGUAACGGUUCGGUAUGGUAAUGGUGGUGGUAAUGUUGUGGUAGCCACAUAGUAUAUAACUUGUCUGUAUAUGUUGUAACACUACUUGUAUAAUUAUAUUAUUACUAUACUUACUUAUUACCAUAGAUAGAGGGUAGAAUAUUUUCGGCUCUACUAUAUCAUAUUGUUGUUAAUGUAUGUUGUUGAAAGCAUGUCAUAGACAAACAGUUUCUAUGUAAAUAUGUUAUAUCUCUAAAAAUGAAUGUUUUAGGAGUUUAAAAUAUUAACUAUGUACAAAUAGUGACACUGUUUUGCUUAUAUCCGAACGAUCUGUAUUUUGGCAUUUUUGGCAGUGUUCUAAAAAUAAAGGCAUGAACUUAA